AUGGGUUGGCUGAAGGCUCAUUGCACCUUGUGGAGCCAGAAACUGGGCCAGUGGAAGAAAUCAGGGUCCCUUAAGGAUGCGGAAACCGUGUGGUAUGGACAGCCCUCGGGUCUCGGAAGGCAGGUCCCAUCAACCCAGGGAGGGGGAGAGCCGCGCACCCAGCAGCGGCCUUGCUGUGACGGGGAGGCAGGGCGGCUGGGCUCUUUGGCCGCGGCUGGCCUGGUGUGCGUCUUGGGGAAGUUUUUUGCUCGCCGGAAAACCGCAGCCUUCCAGUCUCCUGCCGAAGCCAGAUCCGUCGUCUCUCCCGGCUGCGUGGAGCAACCGGUGCGCUCCGUCGGGGCUCUGACUCGGGGAGACAGACGGGACCUUUCCUCCUCUGGAAAUGGGGGCAGGAAGAAGAGGGCGGAGGCCGCGAAUCCCGGCUUCUUCAAGCGGACGGUGCAGAACAACAAGCACUACACGUGUACCGAGAGCCAGAGCUGCAAGAUCGACAAGACGCAGCGGAAGCGGUGCCCUUACUGUCGCUUUCAGAAGUGCCUGGCCGUGGGAAUGCGGCUGGAAGCCGUGCGCGCCGACCGGAUGCGCGGGGGGAGGAACAAGUUCGGCCCGAUGUACAAGCGCGACCGGGCGCUGAAGCAGCAGAAGAAGGCGCUGAUCCGCGCCAACGGCUUCAAGCUGGAGACGGCCCCGGCGGCGCCUCCGCCGCCUCCCAUCGUCUCGCCCCUGCUGCAGCUGGAGCCCGACGAGGCGCAGCUGAAGGGCCGCAUCCUGGCCUGCCUGCAGCAGGAGCAGGGCAAAGGCCGCCCCGAGAAGCUGAGCGCCUUCGGCCUCCUGUGCAAGAUGGCAGACCAGACGCUCUUCGCCAUCGUGGAGUGGGCGCGCAGCUGCAUCUUCUUCAAGGAGCUGGAGGUUGGAGAUCAGAUGAAGCUGCUGCAGAAUUGCUGGAGCGAGCUGCUGGUGUUUGACCACAUCUUCCGCCAAGUCCAGUACGGGAAGGAGCAUAGCAUGGUGCUCGUGACCGGCCAGGAGGUGGACAUGUCAACCGUUGCCACCCAGGCGGGAUCCAUCCUGAACAACUUGGUGCUGAGAGCCCAGGAGCUGGUGCUGAACCUGCAUUCCCUCCAGGUGGAUAGGCAAGAAUUUGUCUGCCUGAAAUUCCUGAUUCUCUUUAGCCUCGAUGUGAAGUACGUGGAGAAUUCCAGCCUCGUGAAGGACGCCCAGGAGAAAGCCAACGCCGCCCUGCUCGAGUACACCGUCUGCCAUUACCCGCAGGCCACGGACAAAUUCCGGCAGCUGCUGAUCCAGCUGGCUGACAUCCGGGCCCUCAGCGUGCAGGCUGAAGAAUACCUGUACCACAAGCACCUGAGCGGGGAGGUCCCGUGCAACAACUUGCUGAUUGAAAUGUUGCAUGCUAAGCGGACUUGAGGGGUCCCCGUGCUCCAAGGCACGCGACGGAGGCUGGGGCGGUGGGAGAGAGGCGGGCCGGGGGGUGUUUGGCAAGCAGGCAGGA